GCUUGGGCUUUCUCUGUCCCUGGAGCUCAUGAAGCCCGGGCCCUGCCUUCCCGACUGCUCUCCGCCACAGGGCGGUCAUCUAGACCCAGGCCGCAUGUCUCCUGCCAGUGAAACUCCGUCCGACUGAACUGACUCAGAAACUCGGGCUGACCAAGGAAGCGCCAUGACCUGGUUUUUGGGUCAUUCUCUCCCAGGCACGUCCCGGGCGGCCACCGUCGUCUUACAAACUGGUAUCUGUACCUUAAGGCAUGUUGGGUGGGAGCUGCGCAACCAGCCCUGGGCACAAUUGUCUGAGGAAGUUGGGCAGGAGCCCGCUGCGCAGAUCUGCUGCCUGCUCGCCUGUGACCUGAACAGGCUCGUCCCUAGGGCCAUCCCUGCACCGUGUACCUCACAGUGUGAGGAUGCCAGGGGGAGCUGCCUUAACAUUUUCGCUCCAGGGAGACGCGCCCCUUCCGUCCUCACAGAAGGGCGGUGGCCCCUGCUGCGCACCACGGCGGAGGCCCUUGCACCUGCGCAGUCAGCGGCGGGGUGGGGUGCGCCUGCGCACAGCCCGACUUCCGGCACUUACUCUGAGGCGGGAAGCCAGGUGGGCUGUCGCGGCGACCGUUGACUGAGGUUGAGUCAAACAGCUAAAUUGUGAAUCUGGAGUGCAAAGAAAAAGUUACAGACUUUGAUAUUGAAGGAAAUGAAGAGAAACCUGAAUGAAAAUUCAACUCGAAGUACAGCAGGCUGUUUGCCUGUACCAUUGUUCAAUCAGAAAAAGAGGAAUAGACAGCCAUUAACUUCCAAUCCACUUAAAAAUGAUUCAGGUAUUAGUACUGCUUCUGACAGCUAUGAUUUCCCUCCUCUACCAACAGAUUGGGCCUGGGAAGUAAUGAAUCCAGAGCUGCCUCCUUUAACAAAAACAGUGAACACAGGGCAUAUGUCACAUUCAGUUUCUCAUCCCAUGAGAAGUCAGGAUUCUACAUCUAAGUCUAUUCAGUCAAAUACUGAAAGAAACAAGAGUGGUUGGAGCUACAGAGGUGGCAACAAAAAUACCAGCUUGAAAACUUGGGAUAGAAGUAGUUUUUGGCCUCAAUGCAAAAGAGCAAACCUAGUGGAAAAUGAUGGAAUAAAUUCUUGUCCAAUGAGUUUGGGAGCUCAACAACAGAAACAAUUAAGAAUAUCUGAACCUCCUAACUCAUCUCUCCAAAGAGAAACAGAAGUACUCAGACAAACACAUUCAACAAAGACAUCUGGCUCUACAAUGAGAGGUGUAGACAAAAACAGUGCAUUACAGGCAUGUAAGCCCAAUUUUCAGCAAAAUCAGUUUAAGAAAAAAAUGUUGGAUGAUACUCAAGAAGGAAGCACUCUAAAGGAGGCAUCAUUGUAUCAGUUAAAGUUUAAGGAAAAAGAUAAUUCUUUGAGAAUUAUAUCUGCAGUUAUUGAAAGCAUGAAGUACUGGUGUGAACAUGUGCAGAAAACUGUUCUUCUUUUUGAAAUAUUGGCUGUUCUUGAUUCAGCUGUUACACCUGGCCCAUAUUAUUCAAAGACUUUUCUUAUGAGAGAUGGGAAAAAUACUCUGCCUUGUGUAUUUUACGAAAUAGAUCGUGAACUUCCAAGACUGAUUAGAGGCCGAAUUCAUAGGUGUGUUGGAAACUAUGACCAGAAAAAGAACAUUUUCAAAUGUGUUUCUGUCAGACCAGCAUCUGUUUCUGAACAAAAAUCUUUUCAAGCAUUUGUUAAAAUUGCAGAUGCUGAGAUGAGGUAUUAUACUAAUGUAAUUAAUGAAAUUUAAGUAGUGAUGAAAUAAGUUUAAAUAGUAUAACUUACAGCAUUUUUCUGUUAUUGUUUAAUUUACCAUGGUUUUACAGCUAUUGUUUUUCUGUAUUUCAUUUGUUGAAUUAAAAUAUUUAAAUCCUUUCAGAUGUGGAAAAAGUUUUUGAAAAGACUUACUGUUUUUAUAAAAAAUGAUGUUUUUGCUGAAAAUUCGACUACCAUUUCAGAUAAAAAUGUUCUAUAUAAGAGGAUUAGAUACCUAUUUAAUAUGAGGUAAUGCAUUCGAGUCAGCCCAAAAGCCAACAUCAAACUUAAUGGGAACAUAUAGAAAUAUUCCGACUAGAGUCAAGAACAAGACAAGGGUGCCCACUAUCAGUAGUGUUACUAAGCAUUAUACUAGAGUCUAUGCAGUUCAUUUAAUUAUUUCAAGUGUUUAAUGAGCAUAUACUCUGUGCCAAUCACUGUUUCAAGUGCUGGAGACAAAGCAGUUAACAAAGUAACAAAAAUCUCUGAAACUAUGGAAUUUAUAUUCUAGGACCCAGAGAAUAUAUUAGCAAAAGACAAAAACUUGACAUAUAAUAAUUAUUGCUAUAAGCAGAUGAUAUAAUUGUAUAUAUAGAAAACUUAAGAAAAUCAACUGAGGUACUACUACAAGAAUGAGAUAAUUUGGUAAGGCAUUAAAAAUUUAAUAAACAAAAAUCAUCAAUAGAUGUUAUUUGUAUAUGACCACACCGUUAGAGUAGAAAAUGGAUAAAGGUACCACUUAAAAUAGAAAAAAAAAAUAUCCAAGGGCUAGCUAAGACUAAAUGAUUAAAUGUGGAAAGUAAACGAACAAAUCUUUAAAAUACGCAAAUGAAGGACACAAAAGAAAGAUUUGUGCAAAUGUAAAAAUCAUUUUCUUGGAUAGGAAGACAAAGACGUUGAUUUUUCUAAAAUUUGUAACUUCUGUGAUUUUCUGUGUACACACUACACACACACACAUAAAUAAGUGAAGCUGACACUAAAGGUUACAUUAAAGAAAAAGAAUAGGGAACUCUGAAAAAGAAGAACAAUAGGAGAUAGUUCUAUCAGAUAUUGUAAAACCUUAAACAUACAAUGUUAAUUAUCUAUUGCUCCAUAAAUAAUUACCCUCCAAAUUAGUGGUUUAAAACAACAAGCAUUUAUUAUCUCUCACAGUUGGAAUGGGCCAGGAUUUCAGGAGUGGCUUGGCCAGGCAACCAUGGUUUAGGGGUCUCUUAGGAGGGCACACUUCUGAGGUGGUUCGUGCACAUGACUGCUAAGUGGUGCUUGCUGUUGACAGGAGGCCUCAGUUUUUUAUUAUGCGGGCCUUUCCAAAGGGCUGCUUGAGUGUCCUCAUGACAUGAUUGCUAGCUUCCCUUAGAGCAAGUAAUCUAGUAGAGAGUUGGCCAGGUGGAAGCUAUCUUUUUAUGGCCCAGCCUUGAAAAUCACACAUCACUUCUAAUAUGUUUGCUAGAAAUGAGUCAUUUAAGUAUGGACCACAUUUAGGAAGAGGGGAACUAAGCUCUGCCAUUUGAAGGAAAGAGUGUCAAGGAAAUGGCAGACAUAUUUUAAAACUAACCCAUAUAAUGAAGGCAUAUUUAUUUAUUCAUGCAAAAUAUGGUACUUGUUCAUGAAUAAGCCAAAAGAACAUGCAAAAAUAAACUCAAGUAUGUAGAGAACAAUAAAUGUAGCAUCUG